ACUUGGGGUUUGCGCUUCUGCCGCCGAGACAGGGUCAGCAAUUGUGCAUUCUGGAACUAGUGCCGGGGGAGGGCGUUUUGCAGGCGCUAGGAGCAAACACAAACGCAGUCCCGGAGGGACGCCAGCUCGGGACAGGACGGCUCAGCGCUGCCCCGCGGUCACCCGGCCCGGCCCCCCCGCCGCUCCGAGCCCCGCCCGCGCCGGGCGCUGGCCCUCGCCGCUCGCCGUAGGCCGCGGGGCGCCGCUAACAUGGCGGCCAAGGUGGUGAGGCUGGCAGCUCUUUCUUCUAGUCUGCCAUUUGCUUGUUUUACUGUGCAUGCAGCAACAGAGAAGGAAUCCAAAGGUCAGCUGGUGAAGCCACAUCAGCUUCCCAUUUACUGUACACCGCCGCUGCAAUCGAGGUACGUGGAGGAGCAGCCUGGCCACUUGCAGAAGCAGCUUUCUUCAGUAAGGCAGACAACUGGGCGCUACCUUGGGUGGUGCAAGGAUGCUUUUGUCUUUAUUAAAAAUGGGAUAAAGGAUUCCAUCCAGUUUGGAAAAGAUGCUUAUGUUUACCUGAAGAAUCCACCCCCAGAAUUCCUUCCCAAAGCUGGUGUGAUUACAAUAUCAGGCUUAGCUGGCCUGGUGAUGGCAAGAAAAGGCUCUAGAUUGAAGAAAAUUGCUUAUCCAUUGGGACUGACCACUUUAGGAAUUGCUGUUUGUUACCCAGCUCAGUCAGUGGUAUUUGCCAAGGUAACAGGGAAAAAGUUACUUUGUGCAAGUCAUCAAAGCUAUGAGGCUGUGCGGGCGCUGUGGGCAGGACCAGGAGACGUACCCAAGCUGCAGCAAGAGUCAAAAUCUGUUACACAAGAAGAUAAGAAGAAGAAAGAAAUUUCUAGUACGAAGCCUGAGUCUGCUAUUGAGUCAAAAUCAUUUAACAGAACAGAAUCCUCUCCAGUGGAGUCUUGGAGUAGUAAAGCCCCAGUGGCUUCACCAGGAACAGUGAAGACACCAAAAUUUAAACCUGAUCCAAGACUUAUGGACCAUGGUCAGUCCAGCCCAGAGGAUGUGGAUAUGUACAGUACUAGAAGCUAAGACAAAUCUGCUUACAGAUCUUUGCAAAGUACCAGAGAUAAGGGAGAGGAAAGAAGGGAAGGCCUAAUUGUUGCUAUACAUACUCAGCGAGGUGUAAUUUAAUCAGGUAUUUUCUUAUAUCCCAGCUUGUAUUACUGACUUACACAGUUCUGUUCAGUGAACAUUUUGUUUCUCACCACUUAUAAGCAGUGAGAAUUCACUCAUUGCCAGUGUCAUCAGUGAGACACUGAGAAAGUGAGAUUUGUCAGUGUCUUCUCACAAUGAGGUUUCUCUGUGCCAAGCUUGUUAAUAAAUGUCACUUCACAAAGGGUUUGGAAAUGUAAGCACUCUAUACUUGAGCUCAGAUGUUCAUUGAUCUGAAAGAAGAAUGUGAUGGAUGGGGUUUGCAGAGGCUUGUCUGUUUUCUUGCAGCUCUGAAAUGAAGAUUCUUGUUGGUGAAAGUUGGUUGUUACAGCAUACAAAUGGCUUUAUCUUUAGUGGUUGUAUAAACAUGGCACUUUCUUUCACUGCAAA